UUAAAUCACUUCCCUCGGCAAAAAGAAAAAAAAACAUUUGCAAAAAGCCUCAAGUAACGAUGAUAGACAUGGAGAUUAGGGAUGAUGACUACAAAUACCUGAGAGUCCAAGACGCUUUCAAGGCAUUGCAUCUCAACGUUAGCCUCAUCGGAGUCAUCGUCGAGUUAGGGUUUCCCACUGCCUCUGAUUGUUCAUGCACGUUGAAAAUCGUCGAUCCAUGGCACUCUGGAUCUGGCCUUCCUGUAAAGUUCAUCGCUCGUACCAGUCGAGCGAUUCCUCGAGUCGAAUCGAUUGGGGAUAUAAUCAUCCUCUCCCGUGUGAAGAUUGUGCUUGUUAACCGGAAAAUCACAGCUCUCUGCAAUGAGAAAUCUUCGUCGUUUGCUUUAUUCGACGGGAAGCACGGCGAGGAUCCUGUACCUUACCAGUCGUCAGCUAAGUUUCAGAUGGGAGAACAGGAUGAGAACUUCUUAUCAAAUCUCAGAGAAUGGAUUAUCACUUACAAGUUUGACGAUGAGUCUUGUUGUUUCACAUCCCUGAAAGAUAUCAAAGAAGGGGAAUAUUCGAAUCUUAAUUGCCAGAUUGUUCACGUUUCCAAGGACGAUAAAGAUAGGUCUUACAUCUUUGUUUGGGAUGGAACUGAGAUGCCACCGUGCAGUUUUGUGGUAAAGUCAGAAAGGCUUCCUUUAUGCGUUGAACCAGAGAUGCUGCCUACUCAUGUGUUACGGAAUUUUCCUACUUUUGGUUCAGUCCUGAGGAUCAUUGUAGAUAAUGUUGCUGAGAAGCAGGCCAUUCAGUGUCUUCGACCUGGUCAACACGUGAAGUUUCUGAACCUUUUCUUCCAAAUAAAUCUGGGAUUAUGGAACGCUGCUUUUAGUCCCUCUACAAAGAUGCAGUACACAAUGAGCAGAGAAAUGCAAUCCUUCACACCUCAAAGAGAAAAGUUCUCAUCGAGAUGGAACCCCAUCACACGCUGUAUUAGUAAUACCUUUCACUCAGGAAUCACAGGGGUUGCGCAUGAGGACGCUCCGUUUGUUUCUCUGAUGGACAUGCUGACCUAUAACAGUGUGACUGCUAAAUUCAGGUGUGUUGUUCGGUUCAUUCAAGUGUUUCCCAGAGAUGUCAGAAGGUUCCACGAUUUGAACGGAAAAUUCAAACUUCUAGCUAUACUAGAAGAUGCAACCGCCAGAGUCCACGCUUCUCUGUAUGCUGAUGAAGGGGAGAAGUUUUUCGGGUGUGACCCAGCUGAUGAAGAGGCUCUGGUCAAGAAGCUGGAUACAUUGUUGGGAGGGGAUGAGAUGAACCAAGCUCCAAAAAAUCCUCCAUGGGUGCAAUGUUGCCUGUUCUCUUUUUACAGAAACAAAAAUGAUCAAUGGGGAAGCAGAAGAUUCCGUAUAUUUGAUACAUGGAUCAACGCAUUAAAUCAAUGACAGUCAUACAGUUAAUUACUGUUAACAGAGUUAUUAACAUUGACAAGAUUUGCAUAUUGUUAAUUCCGAUGGUUGAUUAGCUUUA